UCUCUUCUCUAUAAACACAUUCAUUCAUUCUUCUAAAUAUUUGUGUUCUAUAGCCACUACAUCAACUAUUGUCAAGAUGCGUUUUACUUCUAUCAUCGUUGCCGCUCUUCCGCUUGUCGGCUCUGUCUUCGCUGCCCCCUUCGCUGAGAAGGAUUCUAUCGCUUCUUCCCCCGACUUGGUCAAGAAGGAGGUUAACGUCCUCUCUGUCGUCAAUGAAGUCCAGUCUAGGGUUAAUGCUGCUGCCGCCAUGCCCCGCCAGUCUCAAGCGGAUGUUGAGGCCUGUCUCAACACUGUCAUUGAUGCCUUUAACUGGUGCGGUGGCCAGCUCGGUAUUGACGUUUCCGCCAGCGCCAGCGCCAAUGCCGGUGCUAGCAUCCAUUACUUGCGUCGUGAGAUUAUUGCCCGUGAUGACGACAAGGAGGCUGUUGCUCAGGCACUCUCUAGCGUUGUUCAGACCGUUAAUGUCGGCAUCGUCCAGCAGAUCCCCAGCCAAUUCAUCAACAUCCCUGGCGUCUCCAACCUUGUUAACCAGCUUGACAUUGCUCUCAGUCUCAUCCUUAAGGGUGUUGACGCUAUUCUCGCCGGUGUCCUCUACCUCGUCAAGGCCCUUCUCAUCGAUGUUGGCAUCAUCCUCGACUCGCUUCUCGGCGGUCUCCUUUCCAUCCUUUAAGUGUUGGAGCCAGCAAGACGUGCAUACCCUCUAUAUUCGGUAACGUAGUAUUACGGUCAGUUGAAGCCUAUUCAUAGUUGAUGAUGUGAUGCAUAUUAUCUUUGU